UAUGUCAACAUUGAAAAUAGUUACAGUUUUUAAUGUUUUAUAGAUUAAACAGUAGAGGAAUAUACUUCAAACGUCAACUGGCAUUUUAAAUGAAACUUUCUAGACUAGUGAGGGUGGAUUUUACUGAAAAGUGAUUCUAAUGAUGAAUCCUGUUUUAGGGCGUAUUUAAUGGGCAGUUUUACAGCUACAAAAACAGCCCGUUAUCGGGACUUAAUUGACAAAACGCACAUAAACUGUCAUGCAACAGUGGCAUGUUGCCGUUAAGUUUGGUGUAUUUUCAAGAUUUCUCAUUCAAAUUUCGACAUAAGAACUGAUGUUGGUUGAUAUUGAUAUUGUUAUAUUUGUUAAAUUUAACUGACGCAGCAAAUGUGCUUAUAUUUUAAAAUUCAACACGCUUUAAUUCGAUUUCCGUCUAAAUCAACUUAUAAGUGUGUUUUACACCUUUCUUUCAUUUAUUUCGCCCAUGUUUUCAGUCUGUCGUUUGUUAUUAAAUGUUCAAAACAAGGCCCACUAUUCAACCAAUCAGAAGCCAGUACCGCCUACAUGGGCGCGGCCUCUGUAGCUCUCGCUUCACGCAUGCGUCGUGAAACAGGAGCCGGCCGGUUUAAGUAACUACGGUGAACAGGGCAGACAGUUUACAUCAGUUUAUGAGAGUGAGCAGGGCACCUGAGAAGGGUUAAACUCAGGUGUGUCUGUACUGUAAGUGUGUUCAACGGGUAGGAAGAGAUUUCACUCUCAUUUAAGGCGGUUUGAGCGGAAAUUUGAUGAGAUAGCUAAAGGUCAAACGUCAGCGUUUCGGACAAAUAUCAAGUUAUGCUUCAAGCUAGCCAACGGCUGCAGCUCUGAGGAGGAACAUAAACAACAUGAGGUGCGGAGAGCAGUUGCUGGAGUUUUGAGAGGAAUGCUGUCCCAUUCUGGUCUGAUGUAGGAUUCUAGCUGCCCAACAGCCCUGGGUCCAGAUCAUCACCCAGACUGUUUACUGUGAAGCCAUGCUGUUGUGAUGGAUGUGGUGUGCAGGAGUGUCUGAGUGAACAGGAGUGAAAGACAAAGAAGAGGUGAUCAUUUUGUGUCAUAAGGCGUAGUCAUCCUGCAGAGCUAUGGAGCUCUCCCUGGCUCACCCAGCGAUUAAAGCCUUCAUGUGCGGCUCCCUCAGUGGGACCUGCUCCACACUGCUUUUCCAGCCUCUCGACCUCGUCAAAACCCGUCUGCAGACGCUACAGAGCAGCGUUCAGCCCGGUUCGAGCAGAGUGGGGAUGGUGACUGUGCUGCUGAGCGUGGUCCGAACAGAGAGGCUGCUGGGACUGUGGAAAGGAAUCUCGCCGUCAUUUGUUCGGACCAUCCCAGGAGUGGGGAUCUACUUCAGCACCUACUACUCUCUGAAGCAGCACUUCUUCCAGGACAGCAGCCCGGGGGCCCUGCAGGCCGUGCUGCUGGGAGGAGGGGCCCGCACAGUGGCAGGGGUCUUCAUGCUGCCGGUCACUGUCAUAAAGACGCGAUAUGAAUGUGGCAGGUACAGUUACGGGAGUGUGACCGGGGCGCUGCGCAGUGUGUGUCAGACUGAAGGUCCUGCUGCUCUGUUCUCUGGUCUGAUGGCCACUCUGCUCCGGGACGUUCCUUUCUCUGGGAUCUACGUCAUGUUCUACAGCCAGACCAAGGCUUCACUGCCCAAAGAAAUCAGCUCGUCUGCUUCGGCCCCACUGGCGAACUUCGGCUGUGGCGUCCUGGCGGGUAUUUUGGCGUCUCUGCUCACUCAGCCGGCUGAUGUGGUUAAAACACUUGUCCAAGUGAAUCCACAGCUGAAGACCACAGAAGCUAUCAGAUACAUCUACAUGGAACACGGGCCGCAGGGUUUCCUCAGAGGGGCGGUUCCUCGGGCUCUGAGGAGAACCAUGAUGGCCGCCAUGGCAUGGACGGUGUACGAGCAGAUGAUGGCUCGAUUCGGACUGAAGUCGUGAAGGAGAGAGACGACGAGGUGCUUGUAGAAGAAGGAAGAGAUGAAGUCAAGUGUGAACAGGAAAGACAGAGACAGUUUUUAAAGACUGAACAUGUUUAACUGCAGCGAGAGAUUCAGACUGAAGAGAACUAACACUUGUUUUCUAAAACGACUAACGCACAAAGAAGAGCUGUGGAGAUGUCGCUCUAAAGAUGCUUGCCCACUACAUGCCAACGAGUCUUCUUAUAGAGAACUGUUCGAUGCUUUUGGUGCCAAAUGGACAAGUCAAGUCCAUCCAGUGAAAAUCUAAAAUCAUGUUUUAUUUAUGACCAAGAAAGACUGCUGAAGUGUUUUCUGUAAGAGAGAUGAAACUGACAUGAUGAUUGGGAGGAAAGUUGUAAAACUUGAUGCUGUCAAAGGAGUAGACAGUAGAUAAAACUACAGCUUCAAGUCAGGCAGCUUUUAAAGGACGGAUGUGGAACACAUUUGUGUAUUUAAGCUGGAAAAAUCACUUUUUAAGUCUAACUUUUAAAGUAUUCUGAAGUAUUCUAUUAUCAUGAUUCUCACUCUCCUGAUGGAUCAAAAGCUGCUAAAGCUGCAGCCUGAUUGGCUAUCUUAUUGUGAGCAUGGUUAAAUAAUUUUAAAUGAUCAUCCUUUCAUCACACCACCAUGCCUAGUGCUCUUCUAAAAAGCUAUCCCAGCAUGCUUUUUUGCAGCAAACUAAAUGUUUUUCUUGCACAGUUUAAAACUUUUCCAGCCAGUAAGUUCAGGUUUAUUGAGCAUGCGCCGUAACUAGAGAAAUGAUAUUUUUAAAUAAGACAAGCAUGCAUUUAUUUUGCACUGAAACUUUUUUGCUUUCUAAGGUUUGUUUCUGCUUCCAGACUGGGUCUUGUGUCUCUGAUUCUGUGAUCUGCUGUAAGAUCCUCGAAGCUGUCCCACUUUUAUAUCAGACUUUUGAAUUGCACUUUAACCCCUUGCAGGACUCUCAGGAAGGCUGAGCAUGCCUUCCUGAUGACACUGAUAUUUAUAUUUUUGUAUUAGAGGAUAACAUGUGCUUGUAGUUUAACUUUAGUCGGCCUUAUAAUGAUUUUUACGUCCAGUUUUUGUUUUAUUUUCAUUCAGAGAUUGUCAAAGUGUUCUGCUUUCUAAGACGCUGUCCUCUGAAUGUGUGGAAUCUUCUUUUUUUCUGACAUUUUUCAUGUAAAAGAUUGAACCGCUACAGUCCACUGUCAUUACUUUAAGGUGGCCUGACCUCUCAGAUGUUUUGGUUGGACUACAUUCUGCAUGUCUGACCCCGCUGACACAGCAGCCUUAAUAUUAAUCUUAUCUCCAAGCAAAUUUUUUUUUAUCUGUGUCCUGCUUGGGUGUAGAAACAGGCCGCCGUAUGCAGCAUUCUGAUUCUUCUGUGCUCCUUUUUUUGUCCUAGAGCAGAGAUGGAGACUGAAUUAAAAGCUUUUUGCCAAACUUUAA